GGGGAAGGGGGGAGGGGUGUGGUGUUGUCUGCUUUCUGCUGUAGCAGGUACAACAUGAUCUAUUUUCAACAAAAAUAGUUGACAAUUGAGAGCAUUACUACUUACGUAGGAACAUUGCGUCUAUCAUUUUAUUUAAUGGAUUUUAGCAAUGGAGUGCUUCAGAUAAAAGGAGAAGUGACACAAAUGAAAAUGGAUUGGUUUACAUCCACUAAGAAAGUUGGAAAUAGCCUGUGUACGUGGUUUUGAUUUUUUUUAUCAACCAGAAGAAAUCAACCAGCAUUGUCAUCAUGUCGUACAACUAUCAAGAUUUCCACACAUCUGAACUGGACACAUUGGCAAAUGUGUUCAGUCUCACACCAACAGAUCCCCUGAAUACUUUUGCAGAAAUGUGGUAUCAAGUAUUUCUAUGGGCACUAUUUUCCUCUAUAUUUGUUCAUGUGAUUGCUGCAGCUAUUUCAUUUGCCACACUUCAUAAACACAGGUUUGGGAAGUUUUUUCCUGUUAUGAUUCUAAUUAUGGGUGUAUUUGGUCCUCUGACAUCUGGCGUCAUAAGCAGUGCUGCAAUCGCUUUUGUUUACCGUGCUUCAAGUUUACAGAUGGCGCCUCUCUAUGCCCUCUUUUGGGGUGUUGGCCAAACAAUCAUGACUGUUUGUGUUGGAUUUACACGGAUUCUUGCUACAUUGUAAAGUAGUGUAUCAUACUAGAGGACAGGUUCCUAGAGAUAAGACCGAUAUGGACAGCUUUACUUCAGUGCUAGGGCUGUCAUGAAAAUUUAAGUCAAAUAUUUUAAUACUUUGUAUCUUUGAUAUCUAGUUACCAACUUUACUUUGUCUAUUCCUUUGACUGCAAUGGUUCAUAGGAAACCACACAGUUUUCUUUGGUGCUAGUCUGUGUACAUCCAACCAAUUUCUCCUUACCUGUUCAAAAACUAAAUUUGAUUCAAAUAGUCGACUAUAAACAGUUACUAAAAAAUUAUGAAAACUACUAUCUUGUUGUGAAUUUGUUGCCAUUUUUGCUUCAAUAUCUAAUUCAUUCCUGAGAUGUUGUGAUGAGUAAGCUGCCCUUAGCGUUUUAAUACCCUAAUUACUUUCAAACUUCACUUAAUUUUGAAACCUUAGGUCUCCAAAUACCUGGGUUAGUGUUGUUGUUUUUAUAGAGCGAAAUUUUUUGUUUCAAAUUACUUUGUUACUCCAAGCUCAAACUAGUUUGCACUCAUGCAAAAUAUUGUGAGCAUAAGCUUGGAAGUUCAACGAAGUAUUUGCUAAUGCUCAAAUUGACCAUAACAGAAUUGGCAUUUAUUACCAGAAUAUAAUUAAAUUCCACUAAGUUAAUGGACAAAAUUUGACCCUCAUUUGUCAAACUUGGCAUGCAGUGUUCUUCAACAUUUCGUACAUAUACUUUUCAGCAUGGUGUCAUUUAAGCUAUGAGAAGACGCAUUUGUUUUUCAAACUCAUUCAACUCAUAGCACUUCAGCCUGUCUUUUUUGUUAAUAUCGGGAUUUGUGAAUAUUUUUGUUAUCUAGUAGCUAUGCACAAUGUUAAGUUUGGGUACCUUGUUUACCAUUCUUUCUAAAUUCCGUGGGGUAUUUAAUGUUUAUUUCAACCCUAUGCCAGUUUGAUUUCAAGGGGAUUUGUGAAUAGAUUUCUAAAAAGCUUGAGAACAAUUUAUGCCUUAUGACAAUUUUAAGCAGAUGUUUAUUUAUAUGAGAUGAUUUAUGAUAAAAUGCUUAAAGAAAGGCUGUGGACUGACUAGAAUAUGUAGUAUUUUAUGCAUAAUAACUUUCCUAUCAUAAUUUUUUGUUUAAUGUAUUUCAUGGUACCAUUCUCUGGUAUACUUUAAUCUGUUAAAUGGGACACUGGUCCUGCUAUGAAACACUGUAAUAACAUCUAUUUUGUUGUUAUUCAUGGUUUUAAUUUUUGUUUCAGAUUUAGAACAAAAUAUUACAUAUCAGUUUUAGCUGAUUAUGGUGCUUAGAUUGAGUUCCCAUCAAUGUCAUAGCUAAUGCUGAAAUAUGAAGCAAUAUUUUUCUAUUCAUUGUGAGAAACCGUAUUAACUAUGUAGAGCUGACUCAAACAGAAUUUUCUUCAAUAUGUAUUUUUCAUUCACGGGCAUAAUUGUAACCUCCCUUAGUUUGAAAGGAAUUUACUCAUGCCUAAGUCAGAAAGAUUUAUGUACAGAUCGUCAUAAUUUUAUGAUCCAGCUGUGAUUUUUAUUAUUAUUUUAAGUAAAUGGUGAUUUUUUUGAACAA